AUGUCCUCAGAAUCCAUCAACGACCGCCUCUUCCCUCAACCGGGCCCUCCGCCGUCCUUGCUCUCUCCCAAGAGAUGGCCUGGCUCAGAUCCCGAAGCGACCACUGCUUUACAGGAGGUUUUGACUCAUAAUAAUAAAGAAUGGCAUAUCUUCUUCAAUGAUAAGGGUUUUCAUAACCAUGCUGCCCAUCAUCUGCUCGCCAUUUGGGCUCUAGGUGCUAGUGCCCCUGUCAUCAAGGCUGCCUACCAAACCCAUUGCGAUUAUCAGCUCCCAGCGUACAAAUCUCCCGAGCCUAUCACAACCAAGAACUUCAACGAUCAUCUUGGAGAUGAGGAUUACUAUAAUGCUUAUCUGAUAUAUUUCACGGAUGAAAUUUCGAAAAAUGGUCUUUCAAAAGUCCUUGAAAAUCACGUCUUUUCUAUGGAGGCUAAUAUCGAUGAUGCUGCCGAGGCUCAAGGCAAGCAAAGACCCGAUAUGUUAUGCCGUUUUGUCGAGGGUGUUUUCCACCCUUUUAUACAUGUCGGCUAUGGUGCCGAAUUUGGGUUGUUGGGUAUUGCUGCAGAAGGAAUGGCUAUGACGGCCGUUCAUCCUGCUAGUUCUAGCGUACUCAUGCCCAGGAAUUUUUCUUCCGUGAAAGCCUCUAGCUUGAUUGAAAUUGCCCUCGAGCAGCUCUCUCGGCUUUCUCUCAAUACACCCUACCCUCCCCCUCCCUCUCAGGGCGUACACGCUUUCACCAUCCUUGCUCGCAUGCUCAAGGAUAAGCGCUUCGACAAUGUGGAGAGAGCGGGUCCAGAUGCAGUGUAUAAUAAGUUACUCAAGGACCAUGGCGAUGUGAUCCGCGAAUACGCAGACCUAUGGAAAGUCGACACAUCCGAUCCCCAGAAAGUUGAAGAUCACAUCGAACAGCUCAUUUGGGUGAACACGAUGACAUACGGUAUCGGAGGAUGGAAGGAAGGCCAGGAUUUCAAUGCUGAUUUCUUCGGCAUGCAUUUCGUGACUUCUGUACUCUUCGUCCCGUCCAUUCUAGUAUAUCUGAGCCACCACUCCAAGGCUCUUCUUCUCAAGGCAUAUUUUGUAAUGUCGCUGAGCUUGUGGAUCGCACGUGGUAGAGUCCAGUUGGACAUCAGUGCUUUCUUUGAUUCUACCUCCACAAUGCACACUCCACCCGGCGCCCAACCCUCUCCAGUUAAGAAGACACUUCCUACACCCGAUUCGCAACAUGCCUUGACACCGAACGCGUGGCUCCCGAUCAUACAGACAACUAUUGUACACCCCAACGAGCAUCUCUGCAAGCUCCAACGUGCGCUCGCUCAUUUCGCCGCUAUAUAUGGCACUCGUAAAGCGGGCUACUUCCACGGAACGGAGCUCGAGGGUGCCGAUAAGCUCGACGGGACAUUGUUCGUUAGGGUCGCAACGUUGACGGCAGACAGGUUAGCUUGGAUGAGGGAAGGACAAGACGGACAAGGGUGGGAUUUCAAAGGAUUUUUCACAGCAUAA